UAACUAUAGCAAAGACAAAAACUUGCCAGCCAAGUUUAGGGGAAGUAAACAGCAAAACUUCCCAGGAAAAUCAGCAGAGAAAAGGAAGCAACUACCCUUUUCGACAGCAUAAACGUGCCCCCUAAGAUCAUUUUUCCCUUUCUCUAUAACAAACACCAUUCGUCAUUGUCUCUUGCACAACUACAAAACCCAAUAGAUUUAAUAUCCAAUCAAAGCCAUUUUUUUUAUUUCAAAGUAAAUCCUUUCAUUACACUCAUCUUAUUCCCUAUUCCCUUACUGGUUUAGUACAAUAUAGAUUCACCUUCAAGAUUGGUCUUAUCCUCCAAAAUGGAUACUCGCACAUCUGCAGGAGAUGAUGGUAGAAUUUGUUUGCAGGUUGUUGAGCUUCGCAGGCUCAGCGAAGCCUAUGGUUCAACUUCAAGCCCCACCAUUUUUGAGCCUCGGAGUAGUAUAGAGAAGAGAGACAGCAAUGUGAAUUCUAUUUCCCCUACAACACAAACAACACAAGCAAUACCUGCACCAGAGAAGAAAUUGACCCUGUUUGCUCUUCGCCUUGCAGUUUUCGAGAAGGCAGCUACUGGCCUAGGAACUCUUGGUUUUAUCUGGGCAACAGUUGUUCUUCUAGGUGGUUUUGCAAUUACUUUAGAUACAACAGACUUCUGGUUCAUCACUAUUAUAUUGUUGAUAGAAGGGACUCGAAUAUUCAGCAGGAGCCAUGAGCUUGAAUGGCAACAUCAAGCCACCUGGUCAAUUGCUGAUGCUGGAAUUAAUAGUUUUCGUGCAUUGAGGUCAAGCUCUCAUUUUGUUAUCAAAGCCAUAAAGUCACUUUUUAGGCCAAUUGCUCAGGUUCGAAAGCAGAGUCAGCAUGGUAGAGAAGUGAGGGAAGGUUCUAGUUCAACCAAUUGGAGGAAUUGGGAUUGCCAUGGGAAGACAACUCGAUCAUGGACAAGCUGGGAUGUACCUAUCCUACCUUACGCUCAAUGGUUUUUCCUUUCAAGAAAUGUCAGUAAGCUUCUCUAUUGGCUCCAGCUUGCAUCUGCUACAGCCUGUAUAGCUCUAUCAUUGAUGAAGCUCAUCAAGCAUAACUAUGGUGAGAUAGCCAAAGGGGAUGCUGACAAGAGGAACCGACAAGCUGCUCUGACUAUUUUCUACGCCUUGGCCUUGGCAGAAGCUCUAUUGUUCCUUAUGGAGAAAGCUUAUUGGGAGUUGAAGGUGAUCUACUGUAAGCUGUUGGAGGAGGUGAAUAAAGAGUGUGAAUUGGGGCCUUCUGGUAUGAUAUCAAUUAAAAGGUUCUUCUAUGAUGCCUAUUCUAGGUGUGUUGAUGGAAGCAUCUUUGAUGGGCUGAAAAUGGACUUGGUUACUUUUGCUAUGGAUCUCUUGGCAUCAAAUUCCCCUGAUGAGCAGCUCAUUGGAGUUCGAAUUCUCCGCCAAUUUGCACUGAGCCAGCGGUUCUCUGAUGAUACCCUCCAGAAGAUUGGGACAAACAUAUCAGUAAUAGAACGAUUAGUUGAGAUGUUGAAUUGGAAAGACCAACAAGAAGAAGAGAUCAGGAGGUCAGCUGCAGAAAUCUUAUCUGAACUAGUUGGCAGAAAGCAGAACUCCCUGCGAGUUGCUGGAAUUCCAGGUGCAAUGGAAUCAAUAUCAUCUCUGCUUCAAAACAAUAGAUGCUUCAGCGCCACAGCUGAUGAAAUUGGUGAAAAGACAAUCAUCACUGAUCAUAUACAUUACGGAUUCUGGACGUUCAACCAUUUAGGACUUCUUAUCCUGAAAAGACUGGCUCAUGAUCAUGAUAUAUGUGGAAAGAUUGGUAACACAAGGGGCCUCCUGCCCAAAAUAAUUGACUUGACACAUUCUGGAGAGAGGAUGUUGAAAGAAGACAAUGUUGCACAUUCUCAGAUUUUGACUGUGAAACGAUCUCUGCAAGUGGUGAAGAUGUUGGCAAGCACAACAGGUACCACAGGUAGUCAUCUACGAAGAGAGAUUUCAGAGAUAAUUUUCACCAUAAGCAACAUUAGAGUUAUCUUAAGACAUGGAGAGAAACACCCAAUGCUUCAAAAGCUCGGCAUAGAAAUACUAACCAGUCUAGCACUGGAUGAGGAUGCAACAGAGAGGAUUGGUGGCACAGGUGGAGUCCUUAAGGAGUUAUUCAACAUUUUCUUCACUCAUGGAGCACCUGAGAGUCAAAAUCAUGUGAGUACUGCUGCAGGAGAAGCUCUAGCGAUGCUGGUCUUGGAAAGCACAAAUAAUUGCCACCGGAUUUUGAAACUGAAUGUGCUAGAUAGGCUUGUCAAAGCACUUGAACUUCCAAUGCUUCGAGUAAAUGCUGCCAGAAUCCUACGAAGCUUGUGUGCCUACAGUGGUGCAACAUGCUUCAGCCUCUUAAAGGGAGUCACAACUUGUGCACCUACAGUCCUUAAGGCAAUUAUGUUAGAAGAGAACAAACUGCAAGAAGUAAUGGUUGGACUAGCAGCAGAAGUUUUCAAAUUCAUGACAAAUGAAGAAUCAAGCAUAAUGUUUGAAAGGGCAGGAAUUAAAGAAGCUGAAUUAGCUACCAAAGUGGUGCAGAUCCUCAAAAAAUAUGAAACGCCAUCAACUAAGGUUCCAAGAAUACGGAGGUUUGCGAUAGAGUUGGCAAUUUGGAUGAUGCGAGAAAACACAACAAAUGUAUAUACUCUUACGGAUCUGGGGUUGGAGAGAAUGCUGGAGCAUGUCUUAGAAACAACAGCAGAACUUGAAAGCUUCAACAUAUUUUCAGGGACAGUUGGGAUGAGCCGCCACGCCACAACUAUUCACUCACUGGUUGAAACUGCACUGAGAUUGCUGGCAGAGAGGCAAAACCAUACAAUGGAACGUUGAUUUUUCAUGUCUGUACUCCAUAAACCAUCACAAACGUAUGAACUUAUAGUCUCGUACAUAAGAAUGUACUAAGUUAUGCAUAAUUCUUUCUUUCUUUAUUUUUUUUGUCUCAAAUAAUAGUCACAUCGAUGUAAUUGUACAACUUAUGACAAUGCUUAAUUUAUUAAUUCCAUUACCAUCAAAACUCUUGGUGGAUUA